AUGGCGGAGCAACAAAAGCAGAAAGACAUCUGGUCAGCCGAACUUUACGGCGAAAAGGUGGCUCCAUUUGUUGCAACUUCAACUACGAAGGUACUCGCUUGGUUGGACCCGAAGCCAACAGAUGAAAUACUUGAUAUAGGCUCUGGGGAGGGCCCUUUGACAGCCUGCAUAGCUCCCCAUGUCAAACGAAUCGUGGGAAUCGACGGUUCACCUAACAUGAUUGAGCACUUCAAAAAAGCCUACCCACAUAUCGAAUCGAGGGUAGUCGAUUGCAGACGGCUAGAUCAAGAGCCCAGUCUUACAAACGGGAGUUUCAACAAGGUAUUUUCGAACGCUGCCUUGCAUUGGAUUCUGAGAGACCCCGAAACCAGGUCAAAUACUAUGAAGGGCUGCUUCGAGGCGCUCAAACCAGGCGGUCUUCUCGUCAAUGAGUCUGGUGCGUUGGGAAAUGUGGCCGAGGUUCAUUCUGCUAUUAUCAGUGGACUGGUCACUCAAGGUAUUCCUGUCACGCAGGCGCGAAACGCAUCGCCUUGGUGGUUCCCAUCGCUGCAGGCCAUGAAGGACCUUGUUGAAGGAGCGGGGUUUACUUGGGUCAAGGGCGAGGUCCAACUCAGACAGACAACACUGACCGAGAAUAAGAAUGGUGGCGUGGAAGGCUGGAUUCGUCUGUUUGGUGAGCCCUUUCUUGAACUCCUCCCGACCGCCCAAGCACGCGACGCAGCCGUCAAACAUGCUGUUGACGUUCUCGAGGCUGUUGGAAGACAGCAGCACGAUGGUUCUUUUACAGUAAACUACAUUCGCCUUCGCUUUAUUGCUAAGAAACCUGAGUGA